ACCUCUACUAUAAUUGUUACUAUUUAUCCCUCUUUAAUACUUAUAAAUCGCGCUCUGCUCGUCAUCCCUAACUUUAACCUUAAUCUUGUUUCUUCAUCCCAAAACACUCGGGAUUACAAUCCCAAACGGCCAAUUAUCCCCGCCGUCACUGCGUUGGCGCCUCACUGGCCACUGACUACCGUGGCUGCUUCCUGUGGCUUCUUCUUUGCUGAUGCGCCCUUCAUUCUCAAAACUUGGUAGUUAAUCAUUUGAUUACCAAAUGAUACUGCUUCCUUUACCAGAUCCUGCGUCUUCAUUCCACUUCUGGGCAGCGAACGCUGCUGCUUCCUCAAGGCUCAUGUGCUAUUGUUUGGUUAUACAUUAUGCUCAUUGGAGAAUUGUUGCUUUCGCUGUGUCAAGAUCAAUAUGUGGGUUUGAUUCAAUUUGCUUGAGCAGCCAUUUAUAGAGAGCUAGCUGGUGCCUGAAUUAAAUUAAAAAGGACAAAGCAGGAGUGCAUAGUAUUAUUUCAUGAACUACAUAGAAGAGACAAUGAUGGAAGCUAGUGUUGAUCAACCAGCAGAACCAACUUCUCGUUCUCGAUGCACUAGAUCACAUUUACAAGAGGCAGCUGUGUGGACUGUACAAGAUAUGCUCAUUCUUGUGAAUGAAGUUGCAGCUGUCGAAGGAGAAUGCCAAAAUGCACUGUCAACUCAUCAGAAAUGGACCAUAGUUGCCGAAACUUGUACGGCACUGGGAGUAGUAAGAAAUGCAAACCAGUGCCGCAGAAAGUGGCAGUCUUUGCUUGCUGAUUACCAUCUUGUCAAGGAGUGGACAUUAAGUUCUGUGACUGACUCUUACUGGUCGCUCGGAAGUGAAAGUAGAAUAGAGGCUGGCCUUCCUUCGGAUUUUGACAAAGACCUAUAUAAGGCAAUUGAGGAUUUUACAAAGGCACCAGAUAGGACUGAUACAGACCCCGAAUGUGAUCCUGAAUCUGCAGAUGUUGAUAUGCUUAAUGCUGAGGAGCCUGGUCCAAAACCCAAAAAGCGAAAGCGUCGGUCAGUCCCUCAUAAACGGUUGAUUGCAGAAUGGAAACGACCUUUUUUAGAAUCGGAAAAUGUGAAACCAGAGGAUCUCAUUGUUGAAGGCAUGGACCAAAUCCUAGCUGCAAAACUUGCGGAGAAUGCAGAACUGAUCAAUGCCAUCCUUGCAGAAAAUGAUGAUGAAUAUAUUAAUGAAGACUUCACUUAUUUAAGAGACGACGAAGGAUUUAAGAUCGAAAAGGCGAGACGUAAAGCAGACAAGCUUGUAGCAUGCCUUGGAGAUCUUGCCAAAAAUCUGGAACACCUUUGUGGCCUUGUAGAGAAAGGCUAAUGAGGCAUAUAUGAAUAUGAUCUGUAGCAGUGUAGUUUUAACUUGCUAGAUUUUUUCUGGCUUUUGGUAUCCAAAGACCAAAGUUGUACAUGUCUUCUUGGGAACACCAUGCUAAAUAGGAAUAGCAGCCUUAAUGAAAUUUUUUUUGGCUUUAUAAUACUUCUUCUGGUUUAAAUAGUUGCUACAUUUUUAUUUUUAAUGCUAUCUA